AUGGUGAAAUUUGAUGAUGCCCCAAGAUUGAGGGCUGGGCCUUGGUGGGCUGAGGUAAGAGGGCCUACGCCCAAGUACAAAGACAAGGGCCGAAGGCUUACCGGUGUAAGAGGGCACACCAAUUCUACACAUCGACGACUUACCGACGGGGUGAAUUUUUUACUAGAGCCACCAAAUCAACGUAUCUCCAGCUUCGACAGGACAGAAGGUGCAGCCACCAUGGUGAAGUACUUUAGAGAGCCUAAUAAUCCCACCAAGUGUAACUUGCAAGGCAAGGGCUCUGACCUCAGAGUUCAUUUUAAGAAUACAAGGGAGACAGCUUUUGCACUAAGGAAGUUGCCUUUGAUCAAGGCCAAGAGGUAUUUGGAAGAUGUAUUGCUCACAAACAGGCCAUUCCUUUCCGACGCUUCUGUGGUAGAGUGGGGCGUAUUGCUCAAGCAAAGAACAGACACUCGAAUGGAUAAUGACGCUGGGCUGUCAAGUCUGUAUACGAAAUUGCGGCCUGAGACCUAA